AUGCAUCUACCCUUCCGGUUCUUAUUCGGCCUUCUCCCCGGCCUUCUUCUGUUGUCAUCCUUCUGCUUGUCUCAAGAUGUUCCGUUUGAUGUGGAUGGUGGUCUGGAAGGAUGCACCAUAACAGACACAACCUACAACUCCGGCGGCACCAUCUCCGUCGCAGGAUGGACCAUCAAAGUCCCCAAAAACACCCAAGUCGGGUUCCCAGCUGCUUGGGUCCCCUGGCGUGAGUUUUGCGGUGAUUUGGCGUUUAUGAAGGGGUUUGAAGUUACUGUGGUCGGCAAUUCGAUUCCUGUACACGGCCCAACAGCAGGCCAAAUCUUCAUCUCCCAAUUCUCCACCUCCCUAGGCCGGGGCUUGAUCUCCUCCAUCUCCUACGACGGCACCAUCACCCUCGCCACCGGCGGUCCCCGCCUGCGCAUCAACGACCCCAACGGAGUUUACUCAACCGGCUACACCUCCCACCCCUUCUGGACCGCCGACGACGAAAACCCCUCUGUCUCUUCGUUUAGUGGGUUCCCCAUGUGCGUCCCCCGCAACUCUUCGGACCCCCUCUGCCCGAUGUCAAACCGGCCGACACUAGUGGCUGGUAGCAAACAGGGAACUUUUACUGCCCCCGACCCCAUGGUAAUGGCUCCGCUAGUCCCGGGAGAUUUCGUCGAGUAUGCGGGGGUAUGGGUGGGAGGGGAAAUGCUCGUCUACGAACUAGUAACCACCAACACACAGAUCCUAACCCCGGCCACCUUCCCCCCCUUCAUCCGCAUGGAAGACGUCCUCAUCGGCGUCUUUUCUGCGGACCCCAACGCCGAAGUAGCGCAGACGCGAUUCAUAGGGUACACCUCCGCUGCCUCGGGCACGUCCACUCUAACCAUCCACGCCGUUACAGGGUUCGAUGUGUGCACGGGGAAUAUCACCACGCGCCCUGUAAGCGGUGGGUCACUGAUAGCCGGUCAGGUGAGGAAUAAAUUCCGCACGGGAAUCACUUCGGUGGCGGGCGAUGUGUACGCGCGUGAGUACGUGGUUAUGAGCACGGCGAAUCCGGUGAGGACAAGGAACGGGAUACUGGCUGGUCAGUAUGUCCAGCCGGUGACGGAGUGGAUACAGCCGGAGCUGACUACCCCGGGAUUGCCGCCGAUACCGAAUGAUUUCUCAGCGAUGGAACAUCUGGUUAAGGGACUGGGAAAGGACGAGGGGGGACAUGUUUGGGGACCGUUGGAUCCGUUUCCGCAGUCGGGGGUUACGGUGGGGCAGCCGGUGGUUAACGAAUGCCCGCCGCCGCCGGCUGAACCAAGUCCCACGACGCCGGUUACUCCGCCGGCUGAUGACCCAACGAAUCCGCAACCGGAACCUACCACCGUUGUGCCUCCCCCUCCUACAACAACUACCUCCACGCCCACCCCUACGCCCACCAAGGACACGGUGAAAGUCGUCUCCGCCACUUGGAUCAGUUCCGGGUCCGGUACCCUAACCGUCACUUGCACAAGCAGUAACACCAAUAACACCCUCGUCGGGAUGCUCCUCGACACGCCGGUGCAGAUAGGACUGGUGAUGACUGCUUCCACGACAAACCCCGGGACGUGGACGUUCUCCAGUGUGAAGAUUAAACAGGUUACAACGGUUACUUGUAGGAGUAAGCUUGGAGGGAGCGCGACGGGGGCGGUGGCGGGGAAGAAGAAGAAGAGGGAUCUGAUCCUCGGCAUCGCGGAGCGGGUCUACAGGCGGGCCAAGCACGACUGCGCCGUCGGACUCCUCGUUGUCGGAAACCGUCAUUGCAUCUUGACCCUCAAUGUCGCUGUCACUUCCACUCUCGCUCUCGCUGUCGCUCUCGCUGUCACUUUCAAGCUCCGAUGA